AUGGAACGGUGGAAUGGUAAGGUGGCCGUCGUAACUGGUGCUGGUUCCGGGAUCGGAGCAGCAACUGCCAAAGAUCUGGCUAGGGCGGGCAUGAUUACUGUCGGAUUAGACCUACGACCUGUCCAGGCCAUCGAGGAUCUAAAGAAGGACCUACCAAAGGAGGCGGCGUCUCGGCUGCACGCGAUCUUGUGCGAUGUCACCAAGGAGUCUGAGGUCGAGGCGACGUUUAAGGGAAUAACGGAGAAGUUUGGAGGUGUUGACGUGCUGGUGAAUAAUGCUGGUAUCGUACGAAUGCAUAACCUGUUGGAUCUUGGCCAUUCGGCGGAUAUCCGUGCGGUGAUAGACACGAAUAUUAAAGGGUUGGUGUUGUGCAGUCAGUGGGCUUACCAUUCGAUGGUGGAGCGUUCCGUCAGUGGCCACAUCGUGCACAUCAACAGCAUUGCCGGACAUUCGGUGAUAAAUUUCCCCAAGCUCAACAUUUACUUUGCAACGAAGCACGCCGUAACGGCCAUCACGGAAACGAUGCGUCAGGAGAUGAGGGAAGCCGGGACGAAGAUCAAAGUGACGAGCGUUAGUCCCGGUGUGGUGCAGACCGAAAUUGCGGACGUACUACAGUUGCCAAAGGAAGCGCCAUUACUGAAUCCGGAGGACAUCUCGGGAGCUGUCCUGUACGCCAUCGGUACGCCUCCACACGUGCAGGUGCAUGAAAUCACCAUUAAACCGCUUGGAGAGGUGUUUUAA